AUAUCAACAGUGCCGUGACGAUACGUGCCGUUAGCGGCAGGCCGCUGUCAGCUCCGCGGAGGUUCUUGAACUUUUCCAGGGAUCCGUUUCCAGAACCGACCGAAGGAAGGCUCACUCAGGUUCGAAUCGCCCAGGUGGGGAUCGGAAUCGUCUUCUGGUAUACGAGACAUCGCCCGGUCGUCACACUUCGAGCAUCCUCCGUGUUGUCCGGACACGUCGUUCUCCAACACAUCUUCUCGUUGCACUCCAGAGAUACCGGUCCUGUCCGAUCGCAUUAUAAAAGUUGCAAAAAGUGGUCGUCCGGUCCCGAGUUGACGUUCGUCGAGCCGGAAAUAACUUAGCGAAUUCGGCGAUCGCAUAAAGAUUUGGAAUUUCUGGAGCUGGUCCAGGUUCCCAACUAUCAAAGUUAAAUAGAAAAUAAUUUUUUAAUUUACAAAAAAAGAAAUCGAAAAGAGUUUGGGGAUCCAAUGUUAUCGAUCAACAUGCGUAUAUUCAAGACUGUGUUGCUCAUCGUUUCCUUCGGGGCGAGCGUUCGGUGUUUACCCAUCGCCGAGGAAUCGUCUACGACUGAAGCUUCCUCGGUGAUUUCGCAGGAGAUAACGACAGCGUUAUCGCCGUCCGAUACCACCGAUUAUUACGAUCAGAGCCAGAAUGGUACCGAGAACUAUCGCAUCCACGUAGACGGUGUGGUGUUUGUAUUCGCCCCUGUCGAGGCGAUGCUUCUGGCUGGUGCGACCGAUUCUAAUCUACCAAUUUCCAACGGUGGAUCUCAGUCUGCUGGUGACAAACCUAAUAUUCACAAUAAAACCGAAUCGAUGUUCUCGAAAACAAUACAAAAACCAGCUUCACGAUUGGCGAGCUUCUUGGCGCCCUUAAUACGUCGCAUACAUCAUGAACGAGGCACGAGCGUGCACUAAAACGGCUCUUCAAUAUUCGCAGCUUCAAUAUGUAGUGUUUCGCAUAAAACAUAUAUUAGAAAAACUGUAUUUUUCUCUCUUUCCUCUCGAUAUCUUACGGAUUCUAUCCUUCUUUC